AACAAGGUAAGUGUAUUCGUAUAAAACUGAACAGCGAACAAUUAUUCCAUCAUUGUCAUCACCAUGAAGAUUCAGUUCCUAUUUCUGGUGCUUGCUUUGUUGGCUCUCUUCCAAGCUCCCGUAGACGCUGAUUACCUGUGGCAUCGUGACGAGAUCCCAUAUGAACCUAAGGCGAGUUGCAAGAGAGGCACUUCUUAUUACAGUAACAGCGUCACCGCCAAUAAUACCGAUAUUGAUGUGGCGAGCGACAUCGACUCUCUCUUAGACUACUCCAAUAAAGAAAUCUGCUUCUACUGUGUAUGUUCUACCGACGGCAGACAUGCUGGUUGUAUUAACAGAGAUCCCUGGUUCUGUGAAUACUACAGAAUAAUUAGAGACCCACACGCUCCAAGAGAAAACUACCGUCUUCUUUUUAAGCAAGACCGACCAGCGUAUUUCAGACAACUCUCUUAUAGGCUUAGAAGGACUAUGGAUGAGGGCAUCGAUGCCUUUCUUGAUUAUGUGGGUGAAGAUAAAGAUAGUUCAUGCGUUCCAUUCGUAUCUGAAUAUUCCGAUUGCAGUGAAGCCAAUAGAUGUACUGGUUGCGAGAAAUGUACCUGUGAUGGUGAAGGGGAGUGGUAUUGUGAAACAGUGUUAGAGUGUCCAGCCAAAGAGGACACUUUAGCUGAUGCUGGCGCCUCCAACACUCUGGAUAUGUUUUACAGUCAACUAAGUGAAAUGCCGAAGCCUACAUAUGUGGUACCACCUCCACCAAAACCGGAAGCCGAAUUAGUUGGAUAUAUUAUUGCUGUUCCUUGAAGAAGUAUCUUAUGCACUUUAUUAUUAAACGUUGCACCAGA